CUAUGAAUAAACCAUUUAUAGUAAUAAUAAAUAGCACAGUUUCCCUUAGUUUCAAGGCAAAGCCAUUCUGGUCAAACUUGCUUUAAUUCAUGGCAUCUUCCUCCACUUUUAUAAAUGGUGCACUAGCCACUGGUUGUACUUUUACUGGAAAGGGAAACCCUAGGAUUGUUUCAACUUCUGGCAAAAGUUUUCAGAGCAAAAGCUUCAUUUUGCGGAUCAGGGCUGAAGCCAUGGCUACUGAGAAAUUGGGGGUUAAAGUCCAGAAAAACCCACCUGAAUCAAAGCUUGCAGAGCUUGGUGUGAGGAAGUGGCCCAAGUGGGGUUGUCCUCCUAGCAAGUUUCCAUGGAGUUAUGAAGCAAAGGAGACGUGCUAUUUGUUGGAAGGGAAAGUGAAGGUGUUCCCUGAUGGUGCAAAGGAGUUUGUGGAGAUUGAGGCUGGGGAUUUGGUUGAAUUCCCAAAGGGAAUGAAGUGCACUUGGGAUGUCUCACUCGCUGUCGACAAACACUAUAACUUUGACUGAAUCUCUCUAUCUCAGAUCACAUACAUAUAUAUCUAUUCUACUUGUAUGCUCUACCAUCUUUCAAGACCUUUGCCCUGCCCUAACAUCUGAUGCUUCAAUACCAACAUUCUCUCUCUCUCUCUCUCUUAAUAUAUAUCUUCUCGGAUGCUUCAAUACCUUUGGCUUAACAUGUUUUAUAAUUAAGUGAGCACUCUAUUUUCUUCUCUCUA